AUGAUGCGCCAACCCAUUACAAGCCUGGCGAGGGCCUUCCUCUCUCGCCCAACCAUCCAGCCCGCCCGCGCCGUGGUCCAGGCGCUCUCGCAAAGGACGUUCUCCUCUCUCCCCUCGCUGCGUCCCUCAAUCACACCACUCACUUCCGCCUUUCGUCGCCCGAAUGCUACGCCCUUCACGCCCUCAAUGGUCGAUGCCGCCGACGUUGUUCCGACGAGCGCCAUCACGGAGCACCCUGCCCUGGGCGCCAUGCAGAUCCGCUGCGGUCCCCGUAACACGAUGAACCGGAACACCCGUUUGAUCCAGAAGCGGAGACAUGGCUUCCUUUCGCGCAUGAACAGCAAGGACGGCCGCAAGAUUAUUGCACGAAGACGGGCGAAGGGACGCAAGAAGUUGGGUGUUUGA